CAUUUACAUUAACCAAAAAGUUUGUUAUGGGUGAAGUUUUUUUGCGUUUUAUUUAUUUUUUAUAGGACCAAUCUGUAUUCCUACAUCCAAGCCUGAAUAAUUCGAAACAAAAAUGAAGCAGUAAGUGUGAUGUAAGAGAAUCCAAAUAUCUUAUUAUUUAAUACCAAACACCUCAAAAAUUCAAUCAUCAACCAUGGACGAGUUGGCAGUAGAAGCAUGGAGCGAAAGAAAUCUCAUUGACGAAUUAAAGAAGCUAGAAUUGACUGACAAUGAUUUACCAUUAGCAUACUCAGAUGAACGACAUAUCGACAAAAUCGAAGGUAUCGAUUGGAAAACUCAAACAUGGCGCAUGAAAGAACGCAUGAAGACUGUGAGUGUUGCCUUGGUGUUGUGUUUAAACGUCGGAGUAGACCCUCCGGAUAUAAUGAAAACUCAACCUUGUGCCCGACUAGAAUGCUGGAUCGAUCCUCUCUCAAUGUCUGGUCCGAAAGCUCUAGAAAACAUAGGCCAAGCGUUACAGGGCCAAUAUGAAAGAUGGCAACCUAGAGCGCGAUACAAACAGUCACUGGAUCCUACAGGUGAUGAGGUAAAAAAAUUAUGCCUGUCUUUAAGGCGCAAUGCCAAAGAAGAACGGGUGUUAUUCCAUUACAAUGGACACGGAGUUCCUAAACCAACAACUAAUGGUGAAAUUUGGGUGUUUAAUCGUACUUACACUCAAUACAUUCCGUUAAGUAUUUAUGACUUACAAACUUGGAUGGGGGCACCAUCCAUUUAUGUUUAUGAUUGCCCCAGCGCAGGCAUCAUUGUAGAUUCAUUCAAAACGUUUGCUGCGCAACAUGAAUCAGAAUAUCAGCAAUCUCUUGCUUCGAAUUCUUCAAGAGGAGGAAGUCCCGGACCGCCACCACCGCCUUCAUUCAACGAAUGCAUCCAAUUAGCUGCAUGUGCCGCCAAUCAGCAAUUGCCAAUGAAUCCUGAUUUGCCUGCAGAUCUCUUCACUUCCUGUUUGACAACCCCUAUAAAAAUAGCAUUGCGCUGGUGCGUUCUACAACCAACAGCAAAACUUAUUCCUCAUGUAACUUUGGAUAUGGUCGAUAAAGUACCUGGUAAUAUCACCGAUAGAAAAUCCAUGUUUGGAGAACUGAAUUGGAUAUUCACAGCUAUCACGGAUACGAUCGCCUGGAAUACUUUGCCUAGAGAGCUUUUCCAGAAGCUUUUUCGACAAGAUUUGCUAGUGGCAAGCCUGUUUCGUAAUUAUUUAUUGGCGGAAAGAAUUAUGAGGUCUUGUGAUUGCACACCAAUAUCUUCACCUGCUUUACCUCCUACUUACCAACAUCCUAUGUGGGACGCAUGGGAUUUAGUGCUGGACUUAUGCCUAAGUCAAUUACCAGCAAUUUUAAAAGGUGAAGCUCAAUUUAAAAAUAUUUCUUUCUUCGAGGACCAAUUAACAGCAUUCCAAGUUUGGCUAGCACUGGGAUCAGAACAUCGCAAACCACCCGAGCAACUGCCAAUAGUUUUACAGGUGUUACUCAGUCAGGUACAUAGGACAAGGGCUUUGGAACUUUUGGGGCGAUUUUUGGACUUAGGCCCUUGGGCGAUUAACUUGGCACUGUCUGUGGGCAUUUUUCCUUACGUUUUGAAAUUGCUACAGAGUUUUGCCAAGGAGCUAAGACCGCUGCUCGUGUAUAUUUGGGCAAAAAUUUUAGCAGUUGAUACUACUUGUCAAGGAGAUUUGUUAAGAGAACAAGGACAUAAAUAUUUCCUGUCGAUCUUGCAAGAUUCCACAAUGUCUUCUGAAACACGAAGUCAAGCUACAUUUAUUUUGUCUUGCUUGGUAAACAACCAUAAAGAUGGACAAGAGGCUGCUCUUCAAGGCUCUUUAGUUAGUAUUUGUUUAGAGCAGAUAACAGAUCCUAGUCCACAUUUAAGAAGAUGGGUUGCUAUAUGCUUGGGAAGACUAUGGGAUAAUUAUGAGACUGCUAGAUGGACUGGUGUAAGGGAUACUGCUCAUGAGAAACUUUAUACCUUAUUGAAAGAUCCUUACCCUGAAGUUAGAGCAGCUGCAGUAUAUGCCUUAGGAACUUUCAUUAAUGCUGUUAUAAGAAGAUCCGAACAUGCAAAUAAUAUUGAUCAUUCUAUAGGAAUGACUUUAGUGAAUCAUGUGGGCAAUGAGGCCAGUCCUUUAGUAAGAAAAGAGAUCGUCUGUGCAUUGCAGUGGUUAAUAUUAGCAUUUGAUGUAUCGUUUGCAGCUGUUGCUUCAAAGGAAGGACUAAAUUCUCCAGAAAACCAUGGCAGUAACACUUUACCGAGAAAUGCUAGUAGAGAUAGACUGACUCAACCUGAUUUGGGGACUUUUCGAAGAAUACCAUCAAGUCCAACAAUAAAUAAUGCUGCAAGUCCUGGUAUGUCCAAUAGCUAUGGUGGCAGUUUGGGAAUGUUGCCAGGUCUAGGAUUUGGAUCAGUUUAUAUGAAAAUCUGGGCAGCUAUGUGUCAAUUAGAAAUUGAUCCUCAUACAGAAGUUGCACAGAUGUGCUCAACUGUGUUGGAACAUAUUAGAUCAAUGGUCAAAGAACAAUCUGAGUUAGUUGAAAGUAAAAAUUCCAGUAUAAGCUUGCCUCCUAGUCCCAAUCGAGGAUUCUUGUCAACCGAGAGCCCUCCCUCUAUGUAUCAAAGUGGCGACUUCCAGGCAAAUCUCAGUCGAUCUGCAGUUACUAAUAAAACAAGGCGGAAAAAGACUUCCAUUGACGAUCCUGAUCACAAAUACCAGCUCAGGAAACCUUUGGUUAGUACUAACUUUGUUAUGUGGUCAUGCAAGCAGUUUGUGAUAAAAUCUAAACAGGAACGUGUAAUUCACGACCUCGAAUCUUUGCAAUAUUAUGAGCGGGAUUGGAGACGAUCUAGAAAUACAAAUCUUAGAGCUGAAGCUAUAGAAGAACAAAAGAGAGCAGUUACUUCAAGAAUAGAGUCACAAGUGUUCCAUACAAGAACGGGAGCGCCUCCGCAACUGUUACAAUUACACCCGUUCAACCAACAAUUAGCUGUUGCUGGUAAUGAUUGGUUUGCAAUAUGGGACUGGGGUACAGCAGCUAAAACAACCAUUUAUCAACAAAAAUCCGCCGUGAAAGGCCGUACAGCGAAAAUUUCCGCUUUAGAAUGGAUAAAUGGCCAUGAUUUGUCACUGUUAUUGGUAGCAGCUGACGAUGGUAGUGUAAAAGUAUGGCGACCUCAUGUUGUCGGUGCUCGUGCACCCACUUUAGUUUCUGCAUGGCAAGCUUUCAGCAACUUUAAAACCAAGCAAACUGGUGUGCUAGUGGCUUGGGAACAAUGGACACAAACUGUUAUAACUACGGGUGAUACUAGAGUGCUAAGGUUUUGGGACAUCGAACGAGAAAUGAAAGCGUUUGAUAUUCCCAGUGGCACAGAUGCUUCCAUAACUUGUAUAGAUGCGUCAUAUGCGGGACCUAGCUUAGAUAUAACUCCUUUAAUUUAUAGAAAGCGAAGGUCGUUACCAGAUAAUAGUAAUUUUGAGGCAAGUCCCAAAAUGGGUUAUGCUCUGGCAGGCUGUGCGGAUGGUUCAGUGAGACUGUUCGAUAGGAGAUGUUCUCCUCAAGAUGCCAAAGCGAAAGUUUGGAUAGAACACAGUGGCACAGUACUCACCGUACAACUGAAAGACAAUUUAGUUAUUAGUGGAAGCUCUGACGGUGAUGUUAAACUUUACGAUUUAAGAAAAAACGAGUCGUUGCAUACAAACUCAGCAGUGCACAAUUAUGGCAUGUCUUGCAUGGCAAUUCAUAGAAGUGCUAACUUGUAUGCGUGCGGCUCCUCAAAUCAAUUUAUAAGUAUAUAUAGCUUAAAUGGCAGCUCCUUGAACACUAUACGCUUUUAUGAAGGUUUUAUGGGUCAAAAAAUUGGACCCGUCAAUUGUCUCAAUUUUCAUCCGCACAAAGUGGUUCUUGCUUCUGGCACUCAAGACAGUUGCGUUAAUGUGUAUAGAUUAGAACCAGUGUCGCGAAGGUGACGAAGCGAACUGCAGCCCUAGGGUUCAAUUACUGGAGGUUCCUUCAGGAACCUCUUUUUGGGCAACCUUUGACCACCACUGCCUCUGCAAUGGCCACUUGAUGUUAAUGAGUUGGACACAAUAAAUAAGUUUUUGUGGUACUUUUUAUAUAAUUGCAGGAGUAGAUACCUCGUGUAAACAUUGCAAACUAUUGUCAAUGGCUUGAAACAUCUAGGAAACCAUUAAAACUGGUUUGUGAUUUUUGCAGAGAGAUUUGUUGUUACGUAAAGAAAUAAUUUGCGUAAAAAUAUUUAGGCUGUUAUUCAAAAACUUGCCUGAGACUUCAAGAUAAGGAUCGAUAAUUUAUUAUAUUGUGUGAGAGCCAUGUUGGCAACGCUUUAUUUUAUUUAUGUUGGCUAGUUUUGUUUUGUGGUAUGGAAAAAAUAUAAUGUUCCGUGCUUUAUCAUUUCUUUAUUGCUCCAAUGGCUGAAUGACUUCUACUUUAUACACUUUUCCUUCAAAUAGUUAUCUAGGCACAAUUUUAUUUAUUCUCUUGACUUUUGACGAUUUUUCUAUAUACAUAUUCUUUUUUUACCAUUUUUUUCAUGUAUAUUUGAAUUGUUUCUAAAUGUUAUGUCGUGUUUAUAUUUAGAUCUAUGUAUCAACUCAUGGUGCUCACACAUAAAAUCAGGGAGAUUCUAAUACUUCCAAAUGUAUCUUUCGAAUGACAUUAAACAUUACUAGAUAUACAUUGAUAUCUAGUUUUAAAGGUUUUCCUAUUUUCUCCUGGAAUAGGUGACUAUACAUAGAGCUUGAGCUGUGUACAUUUUAAGUUAUCUAGUCUUAAGUUAAAAAAGAAACCUUGUUAUAAGUAAAUUAUUUUUUUUUUUUUGCAAAAAACCUAUAUAAGUUGUAUAUUAGUGAUUGUAACAAAAUUAAUUUUCAAGGCAAUAUUAUUAAUAGUAGUCUAAGAAGUAAAGUGUUCAUAUUUUAAUAAUCUAUAAGACCCAAUAAAAUUUAUCACAUUGUGCUUAUACAUAUUAUUAAUAAUUAGUAAGUAUUACAAUAAAGUCAUAAUUUUUUUUUGCACGGUG